CGACCUCAGCUGCCAGACGCGACAACCUUAAAGGCACCUUUGGACCGCGCGUCUUGAUUAGUGCAGCACAUAUUCCGUCCAAGACUCAAUCCGCAAUGGUCUUCUCAUUUCUGGACCAUGGUCCGGCAUGGCUUGUGGUGUUGUUCUACGCUGUCCCACUAUGGCUAUGCUUUACUGCGUACGUCAUUUACAAAGGCUACAAAGCUCGCAUGCCUUUCUACAGACUUCGCGAAGCUGGCAUGCCAAUGCCACCAUGGAAUCCCAUCCUUGGCCACCUUCUAGUAAUGCCGGAAAUACUAAAGACAAUGCCGAAGGAUUCCCAGCAGACUGAUGCGUUCGUCAUUCUGUCUCGCAAAUUUGGAAAGACGGAUUCGCUCUUCUACUUGGACUUAUGGCCAUUUUGUGACCCAUUCCUUAUCGUUUCCUCGCCUAGUCAUGCGAUUCAAGCUUGUCAGGAACAUGAUUUGAUCAAGCCUGGCUCGCUGAAGCCGUUCUUCCAGCCACUCGCUGGUGGUGAUAAUCUUUUCACCAUGAACGGUCCCACAUGGAAAUCGUCGCGAGCUUUGUUCAGUCCAGGUUUUAACGAUCGCUACCUCCGCAACCAGACCCAUCACAUUGUUGAAGAAGCGCUGGUCUAUCUCGAGGUCCUCAGGUCGCAUGCACGCAAGCAGGACAUGUUUUCUCUAGACGAAGCUACGCUCUGGUACACUAUGGACAUAAUUGGCGCAGUCACAUUUAACUCGAGACUCCACUCGCAGACGCAACACAACGAGCUUGCCACCGCCAUGAGAAGUCAAAUCUCGUGGCAAUGCCUCAAUGACGAGUUGAAUCCAUUCAUCCGAUGGAACCCGAUCAGACCCAUAAUGCAAUGGUACAACGGCCAUCGGAUGAACAAUUACAUUUCCAAGGAGCUUGACCAGCGUUUCAAAGAAUGGGCCAGCGACGACAAAGCUGCCUCGACAAGAUCCAUCAUGAACCUGACAAUUGCCGAUUACAUGCGCGAGGGUAAGCCGUCCAAAUCAGGAGAGACCGCCGAUCGAUUAGACAAUAGCUUUAAGUCAUGGGCCGCUACACAGAUCCGACUGUUUCUUUUUGCCGGUCACGACUCCACGUCUUCGUCUAUUUGUUAUUGCUACUACCUUCUCCAGCAUAAUCCCGGCGCAAUGCAAAAGCUUCGCGAUGAGCACGACGCUGUCCUUGGAGAGAACCUGACGGACACCCCCAAGCUUCUUUGUGACCAGCCAGAUCUGUUGAAUAAGCUGCCAUAUACGGAGGCUGUCAUAAAGGAAGCCAUGCGAUUGUUUCCUGCUGCAUCUGGCAUGCGUGGAGGUCGACCUGAUGUAUCCCUUCGAGACAACGACUCCGGACAACUCUACCCAACAGAUACAAUGAACAUCUGGAUCGUACACGGAGCUCUGCAACGUAAUCCCAAAUACUGGCCAAGGCCUAACGAGUUUCUGCCGGAACGCUGGUUGGUCAAUUCGAGCGACCCUUUGCACCCGGUCAAAGGCGCUUGGCGACCGUUCGAACAUGGACCUAGAAACUGUCUGGGGCAGACACUGGCAAUGCUGGAUAUUAAAGUGACUCUGGCUCUCACUGUAAGGGAAUUUGACAUUAAGGAAGUUUAUGAUGAAUGGGACAAGAUUAAUCCAUCGGACGGAAUCAAAAGACUUGAAGGAGAAAGGGCCUACCAAAUUAUGAAUGGAGGAAGUCAUCCGGCAGACGGAUAUCCAUGUCGUGUGACGUUAAGAAAAUAGAAUAGAAG